AAGUGUUUAAAUGAUGUACAUUCCUUGGCCAAUCACCAGCUGCCACACAAAAACUAAGAUAUAUACAAUUCUUGCUAUUUUAAAUUUUUUGAUCUCUUUCUUUUUUUAAUACAUUUUUCGAUUUUCAACUAAAAAUGUCAGGUCUAGCGGAUUGGCAAGUAGCGAAACCUUACGAGGCACCAAUACCACAAAUUUUAUUUCCUAUAUUAGCGUUUAUAUUAUUGUUAUUAGGAUUUAUUACAACAAGUACUUUCUCUGUAAUAAAAGCAAAAACUUCAUUAAUACAAGAAAUUUCCUCGGCUAUUCCUGCUUCAUUAUUAUUAGGAUUUGGAACAUUAUUUCUAUUUUUGGCCGUUGGGAUUUAUGUUUAAAAAAAAACAAAAAUAUUAAUUAUAUUAGAUAAUAAAACCUGUUAAGACUUGAGAUAAUGUUAUUGUGCAUAUAAUCUUUUAAUGUAGUUAAUAAUCAAAUCCACAAAAUUUAUGUAAAAAUAAAUCAUAGGCAAUAAUUUUAAGUAAUAAUAACAUAAUAGCUUUAAAUGUUAAUUCUAAAAAAAAUGUAAAUUAAUUAUACUUUAUAUAAAAUAAAUAUAAUAUUUUGCAUUAACCAAA